CGACAGCGGGCCAUCGCCAACCUGGUCCGGUAGGGCCGCCGGGCGCGCUUCCCGGUGCCACCCGCAGAGGGCGCUGGCCGCAGAGCCGCUCGCAGAGUCGCGAGGUUGGAAGGAGCGCGGCGCCGCCCCACUCGCCCUAGCCGCCGCCAUGAAAGCUGUGGUGCAGCGCGUCACCCGGGCCAGCGUCACAGUUGGAGGAGAGCAGAUAAAUGCCAUUGGACGCGGCAUCUGUGUAUUGCUUGGUAUUUCUCUGGAAGAUACACAGAAAGAACUGGAGCACAUGGUCCGAAAGAUUUUAAACUUACGUGUGUUUGAGGAUGAGAGUGGGAAACACUGGUCGAAGAGUGUGAUGGACAAACAGUAUGAAGUGCUGUGUGUCAGCCAGUUCACGCUCCAGUGUGUCCUUAAGGGCAACAAGCCUGACUUCCACCUGGCAAUGCCUACGGAGCAGGCAGAGAGCUUCUACAACAGCUUCCUGGAGCAGCUGCGCAAGACGUACAGGCCAGAGUUCAUCAAAGAUGGCAAGUUUGGUGCCUACAUGCAAGUCCACAUUCAGAACGAUGGGCCAGUGACCAUAGAACUGGAAUCCUCUGCUCCUGGCGCUACUACCUCUGACCCAAAGCAGAGGAUGCAAGAAGAAUAUAUUGACAAUCAGCCCAUUUCUGUAUGGCUGUACCUCCCCUGUGUCCAUUGGUAUCAUGGAGCCAGCUGUCCAAGCUUGAAAAACAGCAGCAGAGGAAAGAAAAGACCAGAGCCAAAGGGCCUUCUGAAUCAAGCAAAGAAAGAAAUGCUCCUCGAAAAGAAGACCGCAGUGCCAGUAGCGGGGCUGAAGGUGACGUGUCUUCUGAACGGGAACCGUAGUCUUCAGGGACAGAACUCAGUGCAUUAUCAUUGGGCAGAACUGGAUACUGAAAAAUUCCUGAAAGAUGCUAAGUACCUACACUGCUUUAAGAAUUUGGAACUGAGUCAUUAAAAGGAAGACAGAAGUAAGAAAUUGAGAACCGGAAGAGCCCUGCAAAACAACAACAACAACAAUAACAAAACCACCAAAGGAACGUUACCAUUUUCUGUUGUUGCUAAUAGAGGAAGAGUGCUGCUAGUACAGGGGAGUGUGCCCCAUGCACAUGGCAGCAGGGCAUACCCCUGUGCCUCCCCCACAGGAAGGUAUUGUUGGUUCCUAUGAUAUCUUGGCUUGCAUUUGGAACAGGCUGGCACAACAUCAUUUGUCAUCAAGUUCUCCUUUCACAGUGUGGUUUAUUUCUGCGUGUCCAUGAUGGGUCUCAAAUGCAUUCAUGCUGUCCAUGUUUUUCCCAGCACUGGCCAAUCCAGGGCCCAUGUUAAGGUGUAAAGAGAACAAUCAUCAGUGAUUAUGUAUUGUAUGAGACCUUUGCAUCUUGUAAAUUUUCUCUUUUUUCUAUAAAGAAAUAAUAAAACUAUAAACUUCCAUGGCCACUUUAUUAAUAAACAAAUCCUUCUGUG